CUGCAAGAUGAUCUCUCUUGAACUGCUCGCAGCUUGCGCGGUGCUGUGGACAAGCUUGGCUCUGACCUCAAGCUCUGCCGUUCUUCCGGCCAUGGAAAGUUUCCAGGAAAAGCAAGCGGAAACGAAAUCAAAAUGGACCCGGGACAUCGUGACUGUCCUGCCAGAUCCGUGCACGACCAACUCAGGGACCGCCGGCAUUUGCUACAAGCAGCGCGACUGCGACGACUUGAAAGGAACCGGCGACGGCGACUGUGCACUUGGGGUCGGAGUUUGUUGCACGUUUACUUACCAAGGUUGCUAUCAAAACGCUGAAAACGGCGCUGCAGUCUUCCAGAAUCCAAGCUACCCUGCCUCUGAGCCUGGAGUUUACUCAAGCUGCCCGCUUAAUGUGAAGCCUGCCAAUAAAAACGUUUGUCAGAUCCGCCUGGAUUUCGGAGCCUUCACCUUAGCUGGCCCCGAUAACGAGGGAGUUUGUACCCAGGAUUCAUUUACUGUCACCGGCGCAUCGUCAACAAUCCCCACAAUCUGUGGCGAGAAUUCGGGACAACAUCUAUAUCUUGACGUGACGCCCGGUUUUGUUAAUGUUCUGCUGGACGUAAAAACAUCAACGCCGAACACCAGAUGGCAAAUUUCUGUAACCCAGAUCGACUGUACUUCUUCUUCUUCUAUUCAGGCUCCGAGUGGUUGUCUGCAGUACUACACCGGGAGCACCGGAACCAUCAAAAGCUUCAACUACGUGACGCCGACCGCUAAACCAACAG